GGAAGACCAGGUGUAGCCUCUGCCGGGUGAGGAGUCUCCCCCCUGCCUGACCUGCGCUGUGGCCAUGCGGAGCCUGAUGUGGCCCCUGUCCCUCUGCUGCGCCGCAGGGCUCCUCCAACUUUUCUCAGCCACAGGCAGCAUCUUGGACACUGCCCGGCAGCUGAUGAACAGUGGCAGGAACUUCUCCAGGGUGGAGGUGGAGCUGAGCUGGUCGGAGGCCCUGCGGUACUGCCGGCUGCACCACACGGACCUGGCCGAUCUGCAGAGCAUGAACAGCGUGCACAGCGUGGGCGCCCUCUACUCCCUCACCCGCAGCACGCACGCGUGGAUCGGCCUCUUCUUCAACGUGAGCGUUCAGGGCCUGAGCUGGUCCAGCGGCUCCGCCUUCUCCGCCCCGGUGUGGAGCUCGCUGCCCAUCUUCAAGGAGGGCCUCUGCGCCACUCUCUACUCCAUCUCCGUCUUCCCCAGCCUGGGCGCCACCUCGUGCACCGCGCAGAAGCCCUUCAUCUGCUACUACGACCCUGCUGUGGGGCACCGCAUCUUCACGGAGCCUGCCCUCAGCCCCACCACCUCUCCAAAGCCAGCCGUGGUCACGAUUGGCCAACAAACCUUCCUGCGAUUUGCCCGGGAGGUGACGUGGCGGGCAGCCCUGCUGUACUGUCGCAGCCAUCACACGGACCUGGCCGACCUGCAGCUGGUGACCGACGAGGCAGACAAGGAGGCCUUGAAGUCCAUCACCAGUGAGACCGAGGCCUGGAUUGGCCUUUACUUCAACUCCGUCUCUGGGGCCCUGAGCUGGUCGAGCGGCCUAGGUGCCAGCAUACCCACGUGGCUUCGGGUGCCCGAGUUCGGGACAGGACUGUGUGCGGGGCUCCGCACCUACGCACGCUACUCCCCCAGAGUUUAUUCGCUGGUCUGCUCCGCCCUGAAGCCCUUCAUCUGCUUCUACGACCCCUCCAUUGGGCACCGGGAAUCCACAGCUCUCCCUCCAGGCUUUCACGCUUCCUCCUCAGAAGCGGCUGUGGAGCCAACGCUCAGGCCAACUGCGGCCCCUGGAGGAACCGGCAACCAGAGGAGAGGGACGGCCCCAGGCACGCAGGCCCAAGCUCUGAGCUCAGCUCGACGGCCAGAGUCUGAAGAAACCGCCGCGGCCGCCGCAUCAGGGCAACUCUUUGGAAUCCUGAAAGCAGAUUUUACCAUCCCAGCUCUGAUGGACCCGGAAGAUAUGAAAGACCAAUUUUUGAGGGAGAUCCAAGAAGUCUUAAAGCUUACAUUAGGUCACGAGCAAUUCAGACUGAAAUGGGUUGGCUUCGAAGUAAACAAAAAAUAGCCCAUGUCAACGGAUCUGCAGUCUUCUUCUCGCACGAUCUUCUCUGGAUUUUGAGCGAAUUUUAGUCUUUUAAUUCCUAGUAGCAGACUGCACAUUUGUUCCAGGCUUUUAGAAAUAACUCCAGCUAUAUGAAGAGGCUAAUUGGUAGAAUUUCAGACCUGCACCUCGCACAAAAGAAAACUACCUAGGAGAAAAAAAGUGGCCUUCCUGGAUUUUAUAGAAUGAAAUAGGUAUGCAGAAGCAGAUGGAAGCAUUUGGGGACAGUAACCUAGAGAAUGACAAGCAAACAAGAACAAAAAACCCCAACGAAGCAACAAAAAUCCUGAAACAAACCCCAUUAAUCUACCUGGGGAAUUAAGAGAGGACAGUAGAGGGCUGGGAAGCUGAGUGAGGCUACGCUUCCAAAUGACGUGGAGGACACUUUCCUUCUGAGCCACGAGCUAUUAAAGAGACGUCAAGUGUUCCAGAAUGAGGAGCUAAGGGCAUCAUCACAAUACAACAUAUUAAUGUGAGCUAUUUGUCCUACUACGUGUAAAUAUUUUUUAAAUAUUGGGAAUUGGGAAAUUCUCUGACAACGUUGUUCUUAGUGUUAAACUAUAACUUCAGAAAAAAAAAUAUAACCUCAGAAGAAUGUUCCUGCAUACAUUUCCUUUCUGGUUUUUCUCCAAGUGUUCUAAUCACCCAGUUACAUGCUAGAAGUAAGGUGGUAAAUAG